AUGAAGAAGGUGAAGAGGAUCAGAGCCCUUUCCUGGCAUAUUGUGGGGCUGAGGUGGGCAGGAAACAUUCCUUUAGUGUCCCCUGGUUUUUCUUGCAAGCCCCCAGAAAACCAAAAGAAGUCCCCCAACAAUGAUCUGGAAGUUAUAAAGAUCCAGGCCUAGUGGCGUGGGACGCUGGUGCGCAGGACACUGUUGCAUGCAGCCCUCAGGGCCUGGGUCAUUCAGUGCUGGUGGCGGCUGAUCCUGGCGAGGCUUCUGGAGAAGAGGCGGCAGGCUGCGCUGGAGGUCUUUACAAGGAAGGAGUGGGCGGCAGUCAGGCUACAGUCCUCGGUCCGCAUGUGGUGCAUCCGCAGGCACUACUGUCAUGUGCUCAAAGCUGUCCGCAUCAUCCAGGCCAACUGGCGGUGUUACUCCUGUGCUUCCCGGGGUUCCAUCAAGGGCCACUACAGAGUCAUAGCCAACCAAGUGCAUGUCAAACUGGAGUUCUUCCUGGGCUCAGGGCCUUGCAUUAUGACAGAGCGUCUUCUCCUCCCAAUAAAGGAGUGAAAUGUUCUUCCCUCAGCCUCUCUCUGUUUGACAAGGUCCAGGAAGUCAAGGCACACAAAGGCAAAUGAUGGCAGCUUUGAGGAAUCAGCAGGGGUUGUCUGAGGCCCCGCGCGUAGAGGAUUCUGAGCCCUUUGUCCAGACUGAGUAGGGACUGUGAUUGAUUAGUGAUGUGGCUGAGCACUCGGCUGAUAACCAAAUGUCUGGCAGUUCGAACCCACCAUCCACUCUAUGGGAGAAAGAUGUAGCAGCCUGCUUCCGUAGAUUUACAGCCUUGGGAACCCUAUAGGGGAGUUCUACUGUGAUCUAUAGGGUCACUAUGAGUUGGAAUCCAUUCGACAGCAAUGAGUUUAGUUUUUUUUUUGUCUGCCAUAGACAGGAGUGUUGGGGGUGCAGGGCCACUAUGUCAGCCAACUCUAGAGAGCUUCAUUCACAUGUGGCCUGUGUAAAUGGCCCCCCACACCCACCCCACCCCAUGGUUGGUAAAAUAGAAGUGUGGAA